GUCAAGACAACGUUUGCUUUGUGUGUGGUCCUUCAUCUUGACUGUUUGCUUGCACAGGCCAGCUUGUGAAGUUGAAUAGUAACAACCUUAAUAAUUGUUGCCCUGAGAAAAAAGGCAAUGGCAAUGGUGCUUGUUAGUUGGUACCAAUAAUGCACAAAGUAAUGACAAGUAAAUGCGACUGUUGUAUGUCUGUCAGAAAAGACGUCAUGGUUAUGACGUAGAGAAAAUAAGGGUUGGGGGGUUCACUCAAUAAAUAGGAGGGCAAGAAGGUUUUGAGAAUUGCUAUGAAGUGUAGAGAAGUAGAAGAUUGUUUCUUAGAUGAGUGAGUUUAAGCUAAGAGUGAGAAGAGAGAGAAUCAAAUAGUCUUAGCCUUGCUUCGUUGGACAUGAUCUCUAUCAUAUUCUGCUGUUUCUUGGAGUAAAGUUUAGAAGGCUGAAGCAUUUUCUUUCAAAUACAAUUUGCAGGAAAAAAGGAACCUGGUAUAUGAAAAAGAUGUCCACGUCUGAUGUUGUUUGUUCAAAUGGAAAAGAAGUUCAAUGCUCAGAGAUUACCAUUGACCUUGAAGAUGUCAAGCCCGCCCAGCGGCACCCGAAGUGUUGCAUCUACAAGGUCCCCAACAAACUUCGCCAGGUAAAGGAAGAAGCCUACACUCCAAAGCUUAUUUCAAUAGGCCCUGUUCAUCACAACAAGAAGGAACAGGACAACAAGGGACAGGACAGCAAAAAGGAACAGGACCACAAGAAGGAACUGGAGAGUAUGGAAAGUUUGAAACUAAGAUAUUUCAAGGAAUUCUUUGGCCACACAACUUGUAAAGGCCUGAAGGAAUUUGCAUACAUCAUUGAGAAAAGAGAAAAAGAUAUCCGCCAUUGUUAUGCAGAAGAGAUCUCUAUGCCCGAAAAGGAAGAUUUCGUGAAAAUGAUUCUAGUGGAUUCUAUCUUUAUCAUUGAGCUCUUCUUGAGGACUGAUGCUAGGCAAGACUAUGAACAGGGUGACUAUAUAUUAAGUAAACCAUGGCUGGAGGAAGGCAUAAGGCAUGACUUGAUAUUACUUGAGAAUCAGCUUCCAUUUUUCAUUCUUGAGGAGUUGCAUCAUCAAAUUGAAUGUUCUCCAGGCAUUCGUAAGUCCUUUAUUGACCUUUCCUGUAAAUACUUUCUUCCCAAUGACAAUUGCAAGAACAUACCCGAAGUGAAGGAUGUAAAACAUUUCACUGAUUUGCAAAGAUAUUUCUACUAUUCACCAAACUUGGUUAGUGGAGAUAUUAUUGUACAUCUACAUAGUGCAACAAAGCUCGACACAGCAGGAUUGAAUUUCAAGAAGUGGAAGAAAAAAUCAUCAGAAGAUAUACGUUUGCUGGACAUUCAAAUCAAGAAGCCGGAUCUCUCAGAAAUUUGUCCACACUUCAUUUGCUCAUGGCUCUUGCAUUGCUUACCUUGCUUGAAAUACUUUCGGUGCUUGAAACGUAUGCAAACUAGCUUGGUAAUCCCACAAUUUGUGAUAAAUCAUGGAACUGAACACAUUUUCCGAAACAUCAUGGCCUUGGAGCAGUGUCAUUAUCCAUUUCAAGCUUAUAUUUGCAAUUAUAUCGUGCUAUUGGAUUUUCUUAUAAACACUAGAGACGAUGCGGAGUUGCUUGUUGACAAAAAGAUUAUUGUUCAUUCGUUAGGCAGCAGUAAAGAAGUCGCCAAAAUGGUUAACAAACUUGGCAAAGAAAUUGUGGAAAAAAAUUCCUGUUUCCAUAAUGUCGCUGUAGAGCUUAAUAAGCACUAUAAAAAUUGGUGGAAUAAAAAUAUCGCAUCCUUGAAAACAGUAUAUUUCCGUGAUAUUUGGAGAGGAACUGCAACUUUUGUUGGAAUUAUAGUCCUGCUUGCAACUAUCGGCAAUUUCCUUAGGCCUUUUGUCUAUCACAAAUAAGUUUCCUUUACUAUGGUACUGUAAUAUCAGUUGGAAAUCUGGCUUUCGUUGUAGUUGUUUUUGAAAAUAAUUAUGAUUAAGUUUAGCUUAUGAUA